AUUUUUUUUAAAGAACAUAUUAGGGUUGACGACUCACGAUAACUAAAAUCAGUCUCGUACUCUCGUUCGCUCCUUCGCCUCCUGAGUCCCGCCUCUACGCUUUGGACUUGCUCUGCAUCCGAUUCCUUGCGUCCACCUCCUGCGAACCCCACCAGGAUCGACUGCUUUCUUCCGGCGACUUCUCUACUUUCGACCAGGUUCUUCUCCGGCGACUUCAGAUAUUUCCUAAAUUCGUUGACAUCAAUGGGUAGCAAGAAAAGGAGCUCUGAUAGUGUAGAAGAAAUAGAUAUCCAAAAGAGCAAUACAAGCUCUGAUAGCAAAGUUUCGAGUGAGCAUUUGAAAAAGAAGAUAAAAAAGGUGAAGAAGAACGAAGAGGAGAUAGAAAAAUCAAAUAAUAACGAUAACAGCUCCAAUGGUGUUAAACCAAUGGAGAGGAAGAAAAAACGAAAAGCAUUAGACAAAGAAAAACACCGAGCUACAUCGGGUGAUAACACUGAAAUGAAGCCAAUUCUAGCAAAUUUGGAGGUCAAAGAAGUUGAGAAGAGUAGAACAAGUAACAGUUUGCCUGAGUUUCAUAUAGGCGUGUUUAAGGAUUUGGGAUCUGCUGAUGGUUUGGUAAGAGAAGCUGCUGCAGAGAGAUUGGUGAUGGAGUUGCAGGUAGUUCAGAAGGCUUAUAAUAUGCUUGAGAAGAAGGAAGAUGUUGAUGGUGGGUUGAAAUUGGAAGCUGAGAAAGACGAUGGAUUGAAUAACUGUGCACCUUCCUUAAGAUAUGCUGUCAGAAGGCUUGUUCGUGGUGUGUCCUCAUCAAGAGAGUGUGCAAGACAAGGGUUUGCAUUGGGCUUGACUAUGUUAGUUGGUGCAGUUUCUGAUAUUGCAUUGGACUCUUUGCUGAAACUAAUAGUUGACUUAUUGGAAGUCUCUUCUUCUAUGAAGGGACAGGAAAUCAAAGAUUGUCUUUUAGGUCGUUUGUUUGCUUAUGGUGCUCUUGCAAGAUCAGGAAGACUGAUUCAGGAAAGCGAGUAUAUUAAGGAAUUCACUGGUGCUGUUAUUACACUAGCCACCAAGAAACGUUAUCUCCAGGAGCCUGCUGUUAUUGUUAUCCUGCAGUUAGUUGAAAAGUUGCCUGUUAAAGUUGUCUUGAAGCAAGUUCUUGAUGCUCCUGGUCUCCAUGAAUGGUUUGAAGGAGCCACAGAAGCUGGAAAUCCUGAUGCAUUACUUCUAGCUCUUAAACUAAGAGAAAAACUAUCUGAUGACAACAGAUCAUUCGGGAACCUUUUGCCAAAUCCAUACAGUUCUAGCUCAAUGUUCUCUCCUGAACAUCUAUCCAUUCUUUCAAGUUGCCUAAAGGAGUCAACAUUUUGUCAGCCUCGAGUUCAUGGAGUGUGGCCUGUUUUAGUGAAUAUUCUUUUACCUGAUGUUGUCCCAGAAGGCACUGAUUCAUCAACAGGAUUAAACUCUACAAAGAAGCACAAAAAGAAACCCAAAUCGAGUUCUUAUGAAGAAGAUCUACAAAAAAACCUACAAAAUUUCUGGGAUGUUAUAAUCGAAGGGUCACUUCUUUUAUCCUCUCAUGAUCGAAAACACUUGGUGUUUGAUGUUUUGCUUCUUGUUCUACCAAGACUCCCUGUUUCUUGCAUACCCAUUGUUUUAUCCUACAAGAUUGUCCAAUGUCUAAUUGACAUACUUUCCACAAAGGAUUCAUGGCUUUACAAAUUUGCACAAUACUUUCUUGAAAAGCUGUCAGAUUGGGUCAGCAAUGAUGAUGGAAAACGGGUGGCUGUCACCAUGGCUCUACAAAAACACAGCAACGGGAAAUUCGACUGCAUUACAAGGACUAAAACUGUAAAAGAUCUAAUGUCAGGUUUCACUACUGAACCUGGCUGUAUGCUUUUCAUUAAAAAUCUAAUCGACAUGUUUCUUGAUGUGCGACCUUUAGAAGAACCAUCUGACCAAAGUCAAACAACUGAUGAUAAUUCAGAAAUCGGUUCAAUUGAAGAGAAAGAUGUCACUUCAGAUUUUCUCAAAAGUUGGGUUGUGGACUCUCUUCCAAGUGUUUUAAAACAUGCAAAGCUUGAUAAGACUGAGGAUUCAAACGAGCUGCCUGAAGGUGAAGGAAAGUUUGGUGUUCAGAAAGAAAUCUUGAAGUUUUUAGCUGUUCAGGGGUUGUUCUCUUCAUCUUUAGGGACUGAAGUGACUUCAUUUGAGUUGGAUCAGAAGUUUAGAUGGCCAAAAGCAGCAACUUCAAGUUCUCUUUGCAGGAUGUGUAUUGAACAGCUGCAAUUACUUUUGGCCAAUGCCCAAAAAGGAGAAUGGCCUCAUACAGUUACAAGUGGGAAAGAAGCUAAUGAUCUUGGUUCUUAUUUCAUGAAAUUUCUCAGUGUUUUGCGCAACAUUCCAUCUGUAUCUCUCUUUAGGUCAUUGAGUGAUGAAGAUGAAAAGGCUUUCAAGAAAUUGCAAGCCAUGGAAAAUUGGCUUUCCAAAGAGGAAAGGAAUUGUGGGAUGAGUGCAGAUGCUCACAGAUUGCAUGCAUUGAGGUACUUACUCAUCCAAUUGCUGCUCCAAAUCCUACUCAGACCAGGGGAAUUCUUUGAAGCUGCUUCUGAAAUCAUAAUUUGCUGCAAAAAAUUCUUCCCAUCACCCGAUCUUCUUGAUUCAUCUGGAGAAGAUGAAGCAGAUGCAGAUGGUGAUGAUGCACCUGUGUUAAUGGAUGUAUUUGUUGAUACACUCUUAUCAUUGCUUCCUCAAUCAUCAGCUCCCAUGCGAUCUUCCAUUGAACAGGUUUUCAAAUACUACAGUGAUGAUGUGACAGACGAUGGUUUACUCCGAAUGUUAAAAGUUAUAAAAAAAGAUUUAAAACCCGCAAGGCGUCAAGAUUCCGAUACUGAAAAUGAUGAUGACACUGAUGACGAUGAUCUUCUAGCAAUCGAAGAAGCUGAAGAUUCCGAUGAAGCCGAAACCGGUGGUGAAGUUGCUGAUGACCAAUCCGAAGAGUCUGAGGGAAUCGCUGAUUCCGCCGGAAAAGGAGAUUCUGAUUCCGAUUCCGACGGUGGAAUGGACGAUGAAGCCAUGUUUAGAAUGGAUUCGUAUCUGGCUCAGAUCUUUAAAGAGAAACGAAACCAAGCGGGAGGGGAAACUGCUCAUUCUCAGCUUGUUCUUUUCAAACUCCGUGUUCUUUCCUUGCUUGAAAUCUACCUCCAUGAGAAUCAAGGUAAACAACAAGUAUUGAAGGUGUUCACAAAUCUUGCACAAGCAUUCGUGAACCCCAAUACAACUGAAGGAAGUGAACAGCUAGGUGACAGGAUCUGUAAAAUCAUGGAACACAAAAUCUUCAAAGCAAAACAUUAUCCAAAAGACGAAUCUGUUCAGCUAUCACUUCUCGAGCCUCUACUUGAAAAGAAUCUAAAAUUGGCAUCAAAACCUUUCAAAAAGAAGAAAUCAGCAAUCACUCCAUCAAAAAAGAAACAAUCAGCUUCGUUUCAACGUUAUAGAAAGAUUGUGAAUCUCGCCCAGAAUUCAAUCUACUGGAUCUUGAAGAUCAUUGAUUCUAGAAGCUUCAAGGAAGAUGAAUUGGAGAAAGUGUUUGAGAUCUUCAAAGGGGCUUUAACCCGUUAUUUCGAUGGGAAAAACUCGAUGCUCAAGUUGAAUUUCUUGAAGGAGAUUUUCAGGAGGUGGGCGUGGAUCGGGAGACGUUUUUUUGGGUUUUUAGUUGAGAAAUGUGGAGGGGCGAAAUCGAAAUUUCGGAGAGUUGAAGGGCUGGAUUUGGUGUUGGAGAUUUUGAAGCCUUUGAACAUUGAAGGAAGCGAUGUUGGAAAGAAGAUGGUGAGUAAACAUAUGUCUGAAAUUUGUGUUUUGAUUAAGGAAUUGGUGAUGAAUAUGCCUGAAAAGCAAUCCAAAAGGGCGGAAGUCAGAAAGUUUUGUGGGAAAUUAUUUACAAUUUUCACUAAUUUAAAGUUAUCUGCUAAGUUUCUUGAGUCUUUGGAUCCGGAAGUUUGUGUGGCGUGUGAGGGGCAAAUUGGUAAAGUGUUUCUUGAUUUGAAGAAACAACAAGUUUAGGGUAGGGUUCUUGAAAAAGAUUUGGAUUUGUUGUGAUAGAGAUGAAGCUAAAGUGUGAGAUUUUAGAGCUUCAUAAAAUUUUGAAGGGAUCUUUUUAUGUUUGUUUUAUUUUUAAGAAACUUUAUAUUCUGGAAUCAUUAUACGAAAUGUUUGCAGUUGCUUAGUUUUA